AAUAACAGCAUUAAUAAGUUUUUUAGCUUUUUGGGUGACCACAUACACAUUUCAUGCUUUCCAUAUUCCUAUAUUAAAGUUUAACGUUUGCGAAAAGUAAAGAAGACGAUAUUCUAAUGUUGAAACAACAAAAAAUGUAAAAAAAUCGAGGUAAUAUUUUAUAACCCAUUAUUUAUCAUUUAUCAUCUUAUUGCAGAAAUGUCACACAAUUGUUUACAAAUAUAAACGCGAAACCGUAAUGACAAAAUUUCUCGUCGCGUCAUAUAUUUGCAUAUAUGUGACUUGGCAAUAAAAAGAUAACGUCAAAAAAAAUAAAAAUAAAAAAAACAUGGUCACUUAUUGCAGUUGCAAGGAUGUCGUAAUUACGGAGGGAAUAUUUGGAGAGAUUUAUGCCGAAUCUUCUAAGAAUAAAACACGUCACUAUGACAGUAAAGAAAAUAACGAGACAGAAUUAUCCUCGUAUAUCAAUGAUGAAGGACCUCGGCUGAUACCAGUGAAAUCCUAUACGAUGAUUAAUAAGAAAGGGAUAGAGAUCACCGUCAUUUCUUGGGGUGCCACGAUCAUCUCGCUAAAAUAUCCGGACAAGUUCGGAGACAUCGCGGAUGUUGUGCUCGGUUUCGACGAUUUGAAGAGCUACACGAAUCCCAAUAUUAAUCCAUUCAUAGGAUGCAUACUGGGUAGAUGCGCGAAUCGCAUAAAGGAUGGUUGUAUCGUUAUUAAGGGUAAAACCUACCAGCUCACCAAGAACGACCUUGGCAAACAUCAUCUGCACGGAGGUGCCAAGGGCUUUGGAAGACGAUUAUGGAACUCGUACGUCGACGGCUGCUCGGUCGUUAUGACUUACUUGAGCGAAGACGGCGAAGAAGGAUAUCCUGGUGCAGUUUUGUGCACGGUGAGAUUCAAGUUGACACCUGAUAACAGGCUGGAGAUAGGCAUCCGGGCGACCACAACAGACUCCACGAUAGUCAACAUCACACACGGUUCCUUGUUCAAUCUCGCUGGACAUGACGCUGGCAAGAAGGAACUGAUGAAACACAAAAUUUCAUUGAACUGCGAUCGCUGGACCUUUGCGGAUUAUACUGAUCCGAUUCCAACUGGUGGUAUCAGAGGAGUUGGAGGAACCAUCAUGGAUCUACGUAUACCAAAGUUUCUGGAGAGCUGUAUAGAGAAGGUUCCUCCAGGAGAGGGAUACGAUCAUAACUUCUGCGUCACGCCAAAUUGGUACGGAGGUAACACUCAUAUCGCACGAGUCAGUUAUCCAGGAAACGGCCGCAUUUUGGAAAUUUAUUCCGAUCAGCCUGGUGUACAGUUUUAUACAGGUGGCCGUUUGUCAGACAUAGUUUCUGAGACUGGUAAUAAUGUUGAACAAAAAGACAACUCGAAUCAUGACGAAGAGCAAGAGGGAGAAACAUUGAUGACCGAUCAAAUGGAACAAGAUGCGAUAUCUGAACCGUCGACUAAAUUUCUUUUGGGAAAGCAGGGCGCUCGCUACGUAAAACACUGUGCUUUCAGCAUUCAACCACAAAACUAUCCAAACGCCAUUAAUUUUUCACACUUUCCUUGCUCCAUUCUACGGCCCGGAGAAAUGUACCGACACGAUCUAAUUUACAAAUUUGGCAUCCAAUUGGCCAAUUAUAUGUGAUAUAUACAUAUACAAUUAAAGGCGCAUUAAAUAUUCCUUGUAGUUGGUACAAAAAAUAUUUAGUAUGUUGAGAUAUGUUAUAGUAUCAGCGAAAAACAUGAAUCUUUAAAUUAUAAAAAAAGUUUCUAUUCAAAUAUUAUAAUCAGUUUCAUAUUACUGAAAAAAAACCUUUGACUAGAUAUGAUUAAAACGUUUCAAAUAAUCUAAUAGUAAAUUAGUUGAUCUAUUGAUAUAUGCAUCACUGUUAUUAUUAUCAUAGAUUAGAUUGUUUUCGUUUCGCUGAAAAAAAUUUUGCAAUGUUACCAAUCACGGGUCCAAAUGAAUCGUUGAUCGUCACGGAACGUUGAAUCCACUGCGGUAGUACUUUGACUUUAUGACGAUAAUGUUUAUCUAACAAUACAACUGUCGAAUAAUCAUUAAUAUGACGAACGGAUCGGCCGAUGCAUUGAUUCACCGCUUUCAUGCACGAGUUCUCGAAAAAACUGCUUCCAGCGUCCGGUUUCUAAACAGAAAUGGUAAAAUGAGAGGAUAUUAAAACAUUAUACUAAAUUAUAAUAAUAAAUUUUACUUAAAGUGAUACAAACCACAUGCUCAUUUAAGUAUUUCAUCUUUUCUUGCAACUCUGGUGAUUUGAUGUUGGGAUAUGGCAAGCCAACAACUAUAACACAUCGACCCAGAUUGUCAGAAAAGUUUAAACCUUCGCUUAAUUUACCACCUGCAAUAUAUCAUGUAAAUUAGAGAAUUGAUUAUUUGGUUUUCUUAUCGAUAACAAAAUAAUUUUCAUAAUAUAAUUCUCUAAUUUAUACUCACCGACUACACUGAACAGUAAUGAUCCAUUACACGGAGGUUGUGGAUUCUUGAUAGAAUGUGCAUAU